UAUAAAUCUAGUACUGUAUGAUAAGUAGAUCAAUGAAAAUUUGAAAGUCAGUAUACAUAUAACAUUAUAUAAAGUCUCAAAGUUGUAAUGUUUUGGAAGAAAAACAAUUAAAGGUAGGCAUUGGAUUGGAGUCUUGAGACUAAAAUAAUCUCUGUUUUGGUUAAAAAUGGAGAGUAAUGAUAUAUACAGAGGCAGCAACAGUAUGAGAAGUGGUAGCAGUUCUUUAUGGAGGAACAACAACAUGGAAGUUUUCUCUAAAUCCUCAAGGGAUGAAGACGAUGAAGAAGCUCUCAAAUGGGCUGCUCUUGAAAAGCUUCCAACUUACUCUCGUUUGAGAAAAGGCAUUUUCACUACCUCCAAAGGUGAAUCCAAUGAAGUUGAUAUACAUAAUCUUGGCUUUCAACAAAGGAAGGAUUUGCUUGAGAGACUUGUUAAGGUUGCUGAGGAAGAUAAUGAAAGGUUUUUGUUGAAGCUCAAAAAUCGUAUCGACAGGGUUGGACUUGAUGUUCCAACUAUUGAAGUGAGAUUUGAGCAUGUUAAUGUGGAGGCAGAUGUUCAUGUUGGAAGCAGAGCUUUGCCUUCAUUCAUUAACUUCUCCAUUAAUAUCUUCGAGAGUGUACUGGGAUUUCUGCCUAUUUUCAAUACCAAAAAGAAACAUCUUAAUAUCCUUCAAGAUGUUAGCGGAGUUAUAAAGCCAGGAAGAUUGACCUUGCUAUUGGGACCUCCAAGCUCUGGCAAGACCACACUUUUAUUGACUCUGGCAGGAAAGCUUGCCUCUGAAUUAAAGUUUUCAGGGAGGGUGACAUAUAAUGGACAUGAUAUGAAUGAGUUUAUUCCCCAAAGAACAGCAGCCUAUAUUAGUCAACAUGAUGUCCAUAUCGGAGAAAUGACAGUAAGAGAAACUCUGUCUUUUUCGGCAAGAUUUCAGGGAGUUGGUACUCGUUAUGACAUGCUAUCUGAAUUGUCUAGAAGAGAGAGAGAAGCAAAUAUCAAACCUGAUACAGAUAUUGAUGUGUACAUGAAGGCAGCAGCACUAGAAGGCGAAGAGACAAGUGUAAUGACAGAUUAUGUUCUUAAGAUUCUUGGUUUGGAAGUAUGUGCUGAUAUAAUGGUAGGGGAUGAAAUGCUAAGGGGUAUUUCUGGAGGACAGAGGAAGCGUGUCACAACUGGGGAGAUGCUUGUUGGACCAGCUGGUGUAUUGUUAAUGGACGAGAUUUCAACUGGUUUGGACAGUUCAACUACGUUUCAGAUUGUGAACUCACUCAAGCAAUAUGUUCACAUCUUUAAUGGAACUAAUGUCAUCUCUUUACUCCAGCCAGCACCAGAGACUUAUGAUCUUUUUGAUGAUAUUAUUCUUCUAUCUGAUGGUCAGAUUGUGUAUCAAGGUCCACGAGAAAAUGUGCUUUCUUUCUUUGAAGCUAUGGGGUUCAAAUGUCCGGAAAGAAAAGGUGUAGCAGACUUUCUUCAAGAGGUAACAUCAAGGAAAGAUCAAGCUCAAUAUUGGGCAAGAAAAGAUCAGCCUUAUAGGUAUGUGAAAGUCAAGGAUUUUGCUGAGGCAUUCAAAUCAUUCCAUGUGGGGCAGACAAUAGGAGAUCAUCUUUCAACUCCAUACGACAAGAGCAAGAAUCAUCCUGCUGCUUUGACAACCAAAAACUAUGGUGUAAAGAAGAAAGAGUUCCUGAAAGCUUGUUUCUCAAGAGAAUAUUUGCUCAUGAAGAGAAACUCAUUUGUCUACAUCUUCAAGAUUGUACAACUUGUGUUCAUGGCGCUGAUUGCUACAACACUUUUCUUGAGAACUGAGAUGAAACGUAAUACUGUAGAUGAUGGUGGAAUUUACCUUGGUGCUUUGUUCUUCACUGUAAUAAUGAUUAUGUUCAAUGGAAUGUCAGAGAUUCCAAUGACCAUUGCUAAGCUUCCAGUGUUUUACAAGCAAAGGGACCUGCAGUUCUAUCCAGCUUGGGCAUAUGCUCUUCCAUCUUGGAUUCUCAAGAUCCCAAUAACUUUGGUAGAAGUAGCAGUAUGGGUGGCCAUUACAUACUAUUCAAUGGGACUAGAUCCAAAUGUUGGAAGAUUGUUUCGGCAAUAUGUGGCUCUGAUAUUUGCUAAUCAGAUGUCCUCAGCAUUAUUCCGAGCUACUGCAGCUACUGGUAGGAACAUGAUCGUAGCCAACACAUUUGGUACAUUUGUGCUUGUUAUGCUUAUAACUUUGGGUGGUUUCGUUCUCUCUAAAGAUGACAUAAAGGGCUGGUGGAUUUGGGGUUACUGGACGUCACCUCUAAUGUAUGGUCAAACUGCUGUUCUUGUUAACGAGUUUCUUGGAGAAAACUGGAGACAUACCGGACCAAACUCAACAAAACCUCUUGGAAUUCAAGUCUUGGAAUCAAGAGGGUUCUUUACUAGAGGAUAUUGGUACUGGCUUGGUUUGGGAGCAAUGACAGGAUUCAUUAUUAUACUAAACAUUUUAUACACAGUGGCUCUCACUUACCUUAACCCUUUUGAGAAAGCACAAUCUGUCAAAUCUGAAGAUCCUGAAAACGAUAUCCAAGAUGAUAACAGGGCCACUGAAAUGCAGCAACUAUCAAAUAAUAGUCCGAACAUUGGUGAAAAUCAAAUUGCAAAGAAAGGAAUGAUUCUGCCAUUUGAGCCACAUUCCAUUUCUUUUGACGAUGUUAUUUACUCAGUGGAUAUGCCACAGGAAAUGAAGACUCAAGGUGUGGGUGAAGAUAAACUUGUUCUACUAAAAGGUGUUAGUGGUAGUUUUAGGCCUGGUGUGUUGACAGCACUGAUGGGAGUUAGUGGAGCUGGUAAGACCACUUUGAUGGAUGUGCUUGCUGGUAGAAAAACUGGUGGAUACAUUGAGGGUGAUGUUAGAAUCUCUGGUUACCCUAAGAAGCAAGAAACAUUUGCCCGAAUUUCUGGAUAUUGUGAGCAAAAUGACAUCCAUUCACCUCAUGUUACAAUUUAUGAGUCAUUGCUUUACUCAGCAUGGCUUCGUUUACCAGCUGAAGUUGAUUCUAAAAAGAGAGAGAUGUUCAUUGAGGAAGUGAUGGAGCUUGUUGAACUCGCUCCACUUAGACAAGCACUUGUUGGAUUGCCUGGGGUGAAUGGUCUCUCAACUGAGCAAAGAAAAAGACUAACUAUUGCAGUUGAGUUAGUGGCAAACCCUUCUAUAAUAUUCAUGGAUGAACCAACUUCAGGGCUAGAUGCCAGGGCUGCUGCUAUUGUUAUGAGAACAGUUAGGAACACAGUGGAUACUGGCAGAACAGUUGUGUGCACAAUUCAUCAACCAAGUAUUGAUAUCUUUGAAGCCUUUGAUGAGCUAUUCCUUAUGAAAAGAGGAGGAGAAGAGAUAUAUGUGGGGCCAUUAGGUCGACAUUCUUGCCAUCUUAUCAGCUAUUUUGAGGCAAUUGAAGGUGUCAGCAAAGUCAAAGAUGGUUAUAAUCCUGCAACUUGGAUGUUAGAGGUUUCGAGUUCCGCCCAAGAACUUGCUUUGGGAGUUGAUUUCAACAAAAUUUACAAGAGCUCGGAACUAUAUAGGAGUAACAAACAGCUUAUUAAAGAGUUGAGCAUCCCUGCUCCUGGUUCAAAGGAUCUUCACUUUGCUACUCAAUACUCUCGCUCAUCUUUCACUCAAUGCAUUGCUUGCUUAUGGAAACAACGUCGGUCUUACUGGCGAAACCCGCCUUAUACUGCUGUGAGAUUUAUGUUUACCACUUUCAUAGCCUUGAUGUUUGGAACAAUAUUCUGGGACUUAGGAUCUAAAAGGACAAGACAACAAGAUAUCAUUAAUUCAAUGGGAUCAAUGUAUAGUGCAGUGUUCUUCAUAGGGAUGCAAAAUGCUGCAUCUGUACAGCCAGUAGUUUCCAUUGAAAGAACAGUCUUUUACAGAGAAAGAGCUGCAGGAAUGUACUCAGCUUUUCCCUACACAUUUGGACAGGUGGUAGUUGAGAUUCCAUACAUUUUCUUUCAAGCUGCAGUAUAUUGCCUAAUAGUAUACGCAAUGAUCGGAUACGAAUGGACUGCAGCAAAGUUCUUUUGGUAUCUGUUUUACACCUUCUUUGCUAUGCUCUACUUCACUUUUUAUGGCAUGAUGUGUGUGGGAGUCACUCCUAACCAUCACAUUGCUUCCAUCGUUUCUUCUGCCUUCUAUGGAUUAUGGAACAUCUUCGCUGGCUUUAUCGUCCCUCGAACCAGGAUACCAAUAUGGUGGAGGUGGUACUAUUGGGCUUGUCCAGUUGCAUGGACUCUAUACGGAUUGGUGACAUCACAAUAUGGAGAUUUACACGAAUACAUCAUUAUUGAGACAGGCGAGACUUUACCGCAGUUUCUGAGACGAUUUUUUGGAUAUAGACAUGAUUUCUUGGAAGUUGUUGCAGUCGUCAAUGUCGCCUUUACAUUGAUCUUCGCAAUCAGCUUUGCAUUUGCUAUCAAGACCUUCAAUUUCCAAAACCGAUAGAGAUAUAUAAUAAAGUAUUCAUUUCAUUUUUCUUUGUUUGUAUGAAGGCAUCCAAAAAUUUUAAUGUGCUCUUUUUUUUUUUUUUUGAAAAGAUUUACUUUGUUUUUUACGAAUACAUUAUUAAUUAUUUCUUUAAUUUCAGCUUAAUUUAAUGUACUGUUUAAUUUUUUUGAUUGAACAA